AUGUCGUCAGAGAAGACUGAGGAACAAUUAUCAUGUAUCUGGCUCGAUAAUCAACGACUUCUAUCCGUUGAAUAUCUCGAUGCUCAAGAGGAACUUCGAUCCGUUUUCGAUUCGUUUGAAUCUUUCCGCAACUCUGAUGAAUGUGUAGAUUAUUUCACAAGUUAUCCAGAUAUCAGAAUAGUAUUGAUUACUUCAAAUGUGUUAGGAAGACUCAUCGUUCCAUUAAUACAUUCAUGCGAACAGAUUGUGUCGAUUUAUAUUUUCUAUUCGAAAAAGUAUAUUGCUGAUGAUUGGACAAACAAUUUUCGAAAGAUUAAAGGCAUUUUCAAUGAUUUUCGAUUACUCUGCGACGAAUUCAAACCACAAGCAAAUCACAAGGAAGAGAAUUCCACUGGUAUUUCAUUCCUUUCAUGUUCAGAUGAUAUCAAUCGGCAAGAUCCAUCCUUUAUGUACUUCCAACUGCUCAAAGAAGUUCUUCUCAAUGAUAUAUUCGCCGAAUCGGAAGCAGAAACCCGACUAAACAUGAUUGCCUACUGUCGAAAAGCGUGUGCAGAUAGUGAAAGUUCUUUGAAGAUUUUGAAUGAAUUCGAAAGGACGUUUAUUCCUCAACUUGCAAUUCUUUGGUAUACAAAAGAGUGUUUUCUUUUCAAAAUGCUCAACAAAGCUCUAUGGACACCUGAACCUGAUGUUCUUUAUCGAUUACGAUACUUUCUUCGACAUCUUCAUCGACAAAUUUCUCUUCACGCGCGAGCACAACGUGAUGACACAGCGAAAAUGCUUGUCUAUCGGGGUCAAUCGAUGUCGACGAGUGAAAUCGAGAAGUUGAAGAAAAAUGUCGAUGGUUUUCUUUCGUUUAAUAAUUUUCUCUCCACAUCCUUCGAUCGAAAAAUCGCGGAAAUGUUUCUAUUCGGAUGUCCAACAGGUGUUCUGUUCGAGAUGGAAAUCGAUCCAAGCAUACAAAAGUAUCCAUUUGUGAACACGAAAGGAUUGAGUUAUUUAGGAUAUUCAGAAAUGGAACAAGAACUGCUUUUCUCGAUUGGAACCGUUUUUCGUAUACUCAAAAUCGAAAAACAAAAUCAUUUCUAUCGCGUUCGGCUAAGACUCAGUGACGAAGUUGACGAACGUUUAGCAAGUUAUGCGCUGGUAACACGAGACGAAACACGUUCAUCACAUUCAUUUUUGUCUCUACUGAAAUUAAUGAAUGAAAUGGGACAGUAUGGAAGUGUUGACCGGUUUGCUCAGAUGCUUGCUGAUGAUGUUGGAAUUGCUGCGAAUCAGGAUCUACUCGGCUCGGUUCAUCAUAUGUUCGGAAUAAUUUAUUUGAAUCGAGGGCAGUAUAAAGAAGCUUUCGAACAUUUUGAUAAGUCAUUGAAUGUUUAUUUGACUUUCCUACCAGCUGACCAUCGACGAUUAUCACCGACAUAUAGUUGUAUCGGUGCGGUUCAUUCACACCAAUCCGAUUAUGAUAAAGCAUUGACUUUCUUUCAAUUGGCUCUAGAUUGCCAGACAAGUUCCAGGGAGCCAGAUUUAUCAUUAAUUAUUCACUAUACAAAAAAUCUCGCUCAAACUUAUAGAACCAUUGGAAGAAAUGUCGAAGCUUUAGAUUAUUACAAACGUAUCUUAGAAUUACAGCAACAAUUUCUAAACGAAAACGAUCCAUCGAUAGCAGAAACGUGUAGCUCGAUAACUCAGGUUUGCUUUGCAAAUGGUGAUUUGAUGGGAGCAUUGUCGUAUAUGAUGAGAGGUGGUCAGUUUCGAUCAGAAGGCACCAAUGUCGAUCUAGAUCCAAAUACUUCCGCAAGUUCUUUGAUACAAGCCGGUGAUUCAGCUCUUUCAGAACAAAACUAUGAACUAGCAUUGAAUUAUUUUAAACAAGCAUUGGAUCUUCAACAUCAAUUUCUUUUACCUAAUCACCCCUCGUUAUCGAAGACAAAUAGUCGAAUUGCUGAUACGUACUAUAAGCAAAAUCGAUAUCAAGAAUCUCUUCAACAUUACCUGAAAACACUUGAAAUUGAACAAAGUUCUCUAUCGACAGAUCACCCUUCGAUCGCCAGUAGUUACCACAAUAUAUCGAAAGCUUACCUAGGCUUAGAACAAUGGUCAGAUGCUGAAAAAUACGCAAUGAAAUCUGUCGAGCAAUUAAAGAAAUCACUCGAUGCCAAUCAGGUAACAUUAGCAUCGUACAUCGAUCAUAUCGGAUACGUAUAUGCUGAACAAAAUAAAUAUGAGCAAGCCUUAAAUUAUUACGAUCAAGCUUUACAUCUGCAUCGUCUCUAUUCAGCUGAGGAUGAUCCAUCAUUAAUAGGGAUCUAUUAUCGAAUCGGCAAUGCUUACUUUUCUUUGAAUAGAUAUACCGACGCUCUUAUAUUCUAUCAAAGAACAUUGGAUAUUGAAUCGAAACAUUCAUCUGAUGAUGCACAAGAUAUCGCACACACUUAUACCAGUCUAGCUGUUACAUAUUAUAGUUUAAGACAAUACGAUGAUGCUUUGGUCGCUGCUCAACAAGCAGUUCAUCAACUACGUAAAACUUUACCGAUCAAUCAUCCAGAAGUUGUGAAAGCGCAAAAGAUUAUUGAUGCUAUACAACAAAGAGCAUGA